AUGAUUUCAACAAUCGGCACAACAACAAUUCAAGCCACGAACGGCGGGACUCUGUCCACAACUACAGCACCAAACUCGUUAGUCAUGAAUCCUACGUCAAUGUUGGUAGAGAUGAAAAGCUUCAUUCCUUCUUCAUAUACUUUUGAAACAGAAAUCCAGAAGAUAAAGCAAGAACUUUUAACAAGUAAUUUAGACUGUAGUGCGAAAGAUGAAACAAAUGAACAGUAUCUUUAUGAAAUGGAGGACCUCAUCGACCAUUUGCCUAAACUACCUGAAAUUCAGCAGCAAAAACUAACUAUUCCUGAAUUCGACGAAAUUGAAGUCAAAGCAACUGACUCAGUAGAAAUAAAGAAGUUCAUACGAAAGGUAAACUAUGAGUUUCUAGGAUAUCAUUGCAACCAUAAAGUUAUGGACAAAGAUUGCGACAUGGUUUAUAAAAAUAUUUCUGACCUUUACAAAUCCGAAGAAUUUAAGACAUACGAUAACUUUGUUUCAUUAGUUGCAAAAUGUGUAUGGCAGAUAAGAGAUAAAGAUAGAAGAGGUAAAGUAUGGAAUGAACAGAUAAAACCAGCAGCUUUUGAGUUAAAGAAAACCAUUGACGCCUUAGUUGUUCUAGCUGGUUUUAUUUCAAUGUAUAACGCAAAAACGAUGCCGCAAUGUUCAAAAUGUAAAGCAGCAAUAAGAAAAUAUAACUACUCAGUCAAAGAGAUAGAACGUAUGAGAAACGACUAUGCAGACUUAAAGAAAGA